GAAGGUAACAACUCAGAACUUCCGGUCUUUCUCAUGCUGCGUGUGUCUGCUCCACUAUUGACAGCUGCUUGGUAAAGCACAUACGGGCUGAGUCCAGUGAGCCUUUUGUCUUCGUAGAAGCAGAAAUAACGUCCAACAUGAACUCCAAACUAACCAGCAGCCAGCAGAAAACUAUCUGCUCACAGCUGGGAAGAUUCAAACUGCGCCUGCUGUACAAGGCCAGCAUCCAUGGUUUCAACGGCACUGGCUUCCACCAGCAAUGUGACAACCACAGUCCCACAGUGUCUGUGGGCUUUAAUGCGUCCGGUUAUGUGUUUGGAGGCUACACCAAACAACCCUUCAGUCAGACUGGGCAGUACUCGCCUGAUGACCAGGCCUUUCUUUUCACCUUUAAUGGAGAAAAGCUCCUCAAAUAUCCAGUCUCUAAUCAAGUUUAUGCAUUAAAAAUGAGUGGUAACUGUGGUCCAUAUUUUGGAGAAGAUUUGGUUCUUGCCUACGGAGGCAGAGCACAAGUCCAUUCCGCUCCAGGGAAUUAUUACAACUUCAAUGCUGCAGAGAUGCAUGGAAACGACAUCCAGCUGACUGAGUGUGAAGUCUAUGAGGUGGAGACAAUCUCAGAAUUUGAGAAGCCGUGGAGGACGGUCAUCUGGGAAAACGAGAAGCGAGUCGAGAUGAUGGAGAGCAUCAGGCUCUACUGCCCCCCGUCCAAGUCUGUGACGCGGGUUCGGGUCCUGCUUAUCGGACCUGUUGGAGCUGGAAAGUCCAGCUUCUUCAAUUCUAUCAACUCCGUAUUCAAAGGCCACGUCAGCAACCAGGCCAUCGCCGGCUGCUCCACCAACAGCCUCACCAAGCAGUUUCGCACAUAUUCAAUAAAAGAUGGAAAAGGGGGAAACCCCCUGCCAAUCAUCUUGUGUGAUACCAUGGGAUUGGAGGAAAGCACAGGUGCGGGCCUUGAUAUCGAUGACAUAACCAGCAUCCUGGAAGGUCAUCUGCCAGACUCCUAUCAGUUCAACCCGACGGCUCCUCUGCUUUCCAAUGCCAGCGGCUACCAAACGUCUCCAGGCCUGAGUGACAAGAUCCACUGCGUGGCCUACGUCGUUGAUGCCUGCAAGGUCUCCAUCAUGCCUGCAAAACUGGAGCAGAAGCUGGAAGCUAUCCGCAGAAAGGUCAACUUGAUGGGUAUUCCUCAGCUGGUCCUGCUGACGAAGGUGGAUGAAGCCUGCUCUUUGGUUUCCAAGGACAUCAGGAACAUUUAUAAGAGCAGCUACAUUCAGGAAAUUAUGCAGGAGGUUGGUGUUCGGGUCGGUGUGCCAAUGUCUUGUGUUGUUCCGGUGAAGAACUACAGCAAAGAAUUUGAGUUGGAUCAAAACUGUGACAUCCUUCUUCUCACCGCCAUCAUCCAGAUGUUUCGUUCCACUGAUGGUUACUUUGAUGAUAUCACUGACAGACUCAGCAAUGUUAAAACCAAAUAAUGAAUAAAAGAAGCACAGCAGAUGUUUAUAUCUUGUCCAACUGUUUUGAAAAGUUACUGGAUUGUCAGGUCCAGUCUGAUUAAUACCAUUCAUAACCAAUGAAUACGUCUGAUAACAAUAAACUAUUGUUAUGGAAAAAAACAAGUGGUUCCUAACUUUCCAACAGUGCUAAUGCUAAACUAUCAACUCCUUCUUUUUGUGUCCCCAUCAAGCUGUAGUAAUUCAUUUUUAUUCUUUUUAGAAUAUUUUAUAAUAAUAGUAUAAUAUUAAUAGGUUGUCAUAUAGAACUUGCUAUUUUGUUGUUUAAUAGAAGCUCAAAGUGCGUGAAUGAACAGAAAAACAGAAAUUUAUUGAUGUCAGAGUGUUAUUGUACAGCUGUUGGAGUCGGACCAGCUGAGUACAGUCCCUCUCUGCGUUACAAGACCGCCACACAGCACACAUCUUCUUAUCAGAGUCACACAUGCCUUUGUAAUUGAUGAAAACAAUUGAAUUAAAGUGAAAUGGCAGCCGUUCUCUCUGUGACAAUAAGUUUAAAAAAACUGCUCAGGCCAGCUUUUAAAAUGGAGAAAUAAAAAAUAAAGCUUUUGUGUUAGUGCGCAUUAAAAGACAAGGAGCUUUCUCCGGCUUGGCAACAUCUUACAUUAAAAUGUUUGUACGGCGACUGUCACGACCAACAAGAGUUAUGAACAAAAGGGAAGCAGGAAUGUCCUGGAGAUGCCAAACACACACGUAAUAUUCAAUGGUUCCUUCCAGGUGCUCAGGGCCCCGUCGAGGGAGUGGAGGUCAUACUGGGAGCCCCCUGGUGGAGAAGAUCAUGAGCACAUCUGUCGAUAUGAUCACGACCAGUGGGGACGGAGAGAGGGGGGCUUUGGGGGGGGGCUCUUAUGGCACUCGCCGACAUUUCAAAGUGUCAGACGGCUUUCCUCUCAUCAGCCAGCGGCUACGCUCGUCAACGGGAAGGAAAGGCAGCAACGGGAAGAAGAAACCAUUUCAACUUCAAGCAGUGGAAUAACAGUGCUGAACACACUUGUACAUACACACAUCAACAACACACUCACACAAAGUACACACAGGGCAGAGUCCAAAGCCUGAUUUGAGUGACAACCAGAAGGGAAAGUAAAGUGGGACAUUUGGCACUGUGUAAUGGUAAAAUAUGUUAUAACAUAAUCUUAUGCUAAAAGAGUGAUUAUUGUCUGUAAUGAAGCAAUGUGAGAAGAAAAGGGAGACCCAAAAGUUGUCUUUUGCAGCUGUGUGAAGGAGGACAGUCAAACUGGCCUUCACCCGAAUGCUCGAACAAAGGAACCCUGUUACUCCCAUCUUUGCCUUGAUUCGUUACCUGCUUGAUUUAUAACUUUUCAUUUGUGUUAUCUCACAGGUGGUUUAGAGUUUCAGGCUUCAGUAGCUCUCGUGUCUGCAUACCACCAGAAAUGACCUUCAUGUGUGUGUAUAAGAACUCAGCAUUUUCACUGCUCGGAGACGCCAUCUCCACAGAGCACCGUGAUACGUGCCUGUGUAGUUGACCUCCUGCUUGCAAGCAAUAAAUGGACUUUCUGCAACUUUGA